ACGAUGUCAAUAGAGGCAAAGAAGAAGACAGUGGCGUUAGCAAUGGCGCUGAUGUGGUUGAGGAAAUAAACAAUCCAGGUUGCAAUUAGAUGCUGUCGUGAUUAUCUUAAUCACUUGAAUGUCUUAGCUAGUCCUCUAAGGUCUCUCGUAGAAAGGAAAUAGAUGUUUCUCUGUUUGUGUCGUUGCUAGGAGACACAUCAGUGUGUUACUGGUGAUCAGCGACCAUCGUCUCUCUGUGUUCGUACUUCUGCCCAGUUAACGAUGCCGCUGGGUUUGAAACCAUGCUGUGCUGUUUGCAAGACGAACUCUUCGUCGAUGUGGAAGAAAGGAAACCUGGGAGAAAUCCUCUGCAACAACUGCACAGGGAAGAGCAGCGGCGGCGGAGCAUCGGGACCCUCCAUGUCCUCCAACACUCAGCCCAGCAAUGGCGGGGGGAAGCAGUCCAAGCAGGAGAUCCACAGGAGGUCUGCACGACUGAGAAGCACCAAGUACAAAGCUCCUGCAUCUGAGAAGAAGGUGUCAACCAAAGGAAAAGGAAGAAGACACAUUUUCAAACUCAAAAAUCCAAUCAAAGCACCAGAAUCUGUUGCAACAAUCAUCACGUCAGAAUCUGUGUUUUAUAAGGGUGUAUACUACCAGACAGGAGAUGUGAUCAAGGUAACGGAUGAGGAAGACGGGAAGCCGUACUACGCUCAGAUUCGAGGCUUCGUGCAGGACCAGUACUGUGAAAAGAGUGCUGCGCUGACUUGGUUAAUCCCCACCCAGGCCAGCCCAAAAGACCAGUUUGAUCCUGGAACGUACAUCGUUGGUCCAGAGGAGGAUCUGCCCAGAAAGAUGGAGUACCUGGAGUUUGUGUGCCACGCCCCCUCUGAAUAUUUCAAGUCACGCAGCUCUCCGUUUCCCACCAUCCCCAUCCGACCAGAAAAAGGCUACAUCUGGACCCACAUAGGACCCACGCCAGCCCUCACUGUCAAAGAGUCUGUCAGUGGUAGCAGUUAACAUGACAGUGAUAUGGACUUAGUCUGUUGCUUUUAAACAGACGUAAAUGUACAUUUAUGUAAUAUAAGGAAAACAAAAAUGGUUGUUAACCGCAGCCAUUACUUCAGAUUGAAGACAGGUUGUAAUUUGAUACAAAAGAAGGUGUACUACGUUUCAAACUGCAACAUUGGAAUACUUUUGUAUUUAGUAAUAAACAAAAAAAAAAAAGCUCUUUUCUACCAUGCCCUUUUUCUGUGAUUGUUUAAAAAUAGCAUUUAUUCACUGUUAUCCCUUUGUGAAUUAGCAUUUAUUCACUGUUAUCCCUUUGUGAAUUUACCUGUAAAUGGUGUAAUUAUGGAAACGAGAGAUAAUGUGAGCAAAGUUAGAAUGAUAUAAACAGUAAAUAAGUGUCCAGUGUUAAUAACACGCAGUACACAGCA